AUGGGCGCCGACUUUUCUGACUCCUCCUCUCGGUCUUCGUUCGAAGCCGACGACGAUCCCGAGGCCGUGCUCCGUCCCAUUGGCGACUCUGACGACGACGACAACCUGGCGCCUCGAUACCGUCUCCGACGUCUUGCCCCGGCGCGAGAUGACGCCGGCAGCUCGUCCGCCUCACCCGGCCCGGGUGGCGUCAACCUCAUGUCGGUCUACGUGACGAUGCACCGAAUCCGCCGCCUUAUUAUGGCGGCCAUUGACGACACUUACACGCUGGACGAGCUCCGGGCACCCCAGAUGGACCACCAAGUCGUGCGGCCGCUCGUUGAACGGCUCUACAACCCCGAGGAUAUGGCGCUGGUUUACUGCCUUAUCGCGAACCGGGUCCAGUUCCUGCGGCCUCGCUCAGCCAGCUCCCAGCACCAGGGCGUUAAUGAGACCCGAGCGAUGCUCUGCGAAAUAUUGGCAACCCGCAUCCUCCGACGCUUCCACGAAGACCAUACCGGGCGUACAGGCCUGCUUUUGCUUGCAAACAUUCUUGUUUCUGGCUUCGACCCAUGUGAUACCGCCCCUGAGACUGUCCGGGCCCUCCGACCGCAAUGGGCUGUGCAAGAUCGUGGGGGCCACGAGCGGAAACUGACGGCCCUCGAGCUUGCUAUCGUCUCGGAGAGUAAGAUGUUUGUCGGCUCUCCAGCUUGCCAGCUCGUCGUAGAUGCCGUGUACAAGGGCGUGGUCGUGUACACUCCUGUGUCAUUUGUCGAUUUUCUGCCUGACCAUUACAAGCACCAUCCUGUAUCGCUUUACGAGCCUCGUCGUGCCGCGAUCCUGAACCACCACCGCCUGAUCGUGCCACAGAUCAGGAACAUUAUUGAACUCAUGCACUUCGCCAUUCUCUUAGUGCUUUACAUGUUAACGGUUGUGCACUUUGGCCUGGGACAUGACUUGGACGGUCUUCGAUUCUUUGAGACUGUGUUCAACAUUUUUGCGGCGGGAUGGGUACUGGAGCAGUUUGCCGCCAUCGUCGAGCACGGCUGGGAGGUGCAUGCGCAGAAUUUGUGGUCUUUCCUGGAUGUGACGUUCAUCGUCAUCUAUGCUGCAUACGGCGUGGUGCGGACGUUCGAGCUCCUGCUGACCGAUCACGACUACUAUGCGCUGCCCGUCCUAUGCACAGCUGCGCCAGUAAUGCUGACUCGCAUCGCCUUCACCCUGAUGCCGAACAACAUUGUUUUCAUCGCUCUUCAUGCCAUGAUGCGUGACUUUACGCGACUCACGUUCAUUGCUAUUUGGUGUUUUGCUGGCUUCGUUGUGGGCUUGUUGUUCCUUGCCCGGACAAGCGGCGACAACUCGCUAAAUGUCGGCGUUACUUGGGCCACGAUCUCAAAGUGGUUGCUUUGGUACGUUCCCUUCGUGUACCUCUUGCUGAUCACUGCUGACGAGCUCAGGAUCUGGUUCGGUCUCGACGGCACCGGCAUCGAGCGUGCUGCCGACUUCCACCUGAUCCUCGGUCCAACCCUCAUUAUCACCUUCGCCUUCCUCGGCAAUACCCUCUUCCUAACUAUCCUCGUAGCCAUCCUGACGAACACAUUCUCGAAAAUUAUCUCCAACGAGGCUGCCGAGGUCCAAUUCCGCCGCGCCGUGCUCACCUUCCAGGGCGUCAAGAGCGAUGCCAUCUUCUCGUACCCCCCUCCCUUCAACAUCCUCGCCAUGCUCAUUAUGCUGCCGCUUAAGUUCAUGCUCGGCCCGCUGGCAUUCCACCGCGCAAAUGUGGCCGUUAUUCGGACCAUAAAUGCUCCAAUUUUGUUGAUCAUUGCUCUCUGGGAGCGCAGACACGUUUUGGCGCGUAAGUCGAAGCCGUUCAGGAUCAAGUCUUGGUGGUAUUGGCCCAGGUUGUCGCCGCACAACGAUAUCCAAGCUGUGUUUGGGUCGGAGCCGCCGCCGGAGGUGAUUGAUGCGCUGGAAAAGAUGGACUCGUUAAACGAAGUGAUUGGCGUUGCGAAGGAUGCCCACAUGCAGAGGCCGCAGUCAGCCAGAGAUUUUAGCGGGCCACCAUCCGCAGUUCGAAGGCGAAUGACUGCGGGAAGUGGCAGUAUCAGGAGGCUUGAACUGUAA